UGAUUAUACUUUGGCGGAAGGAUAUUGCGAUCAGCUUGGCGGGCAAUGACAACGCCAUUCUUUGGCGGAAGAAUAUUGUGGUCAGCUUGGCGGACAGUGACGUCUCUCUUUUAUUCUGUGCAUUUCCAAAUAGACGAAUCGAACUGAGGGUCAACCGAUACGGCCCGGGUUGAGGGUGUAACCUUCAAUGUGAUAUGAUUAGAGGAUCCUAAAGCGAGAAAUUGGAUUAGAUAACCCGGCAAAUAAACAGCUCCAUGUAAUUCAAAGCUACAGUCACAAUAUCACAUGCAUUAAACACGCCUGUGUGUUCAUUGUAUUGGGUGACUAAUAGGAUAGUACGUGAAUUAUUCAGAGGGGAUCUAAUCGUAGACGAACAAGCCAGAGCCAUAAGACCUAAACGAGAAAGAGAAAUCAAAAACAGUUUAUAAAUCGACAGAAGAUCAGGCGAAAUGGUAGAGACAAUUGCAAACACACGACUAACAAUUGAUUAAUAAUCUGAUCUAGAAAUGGAACGUGAGCAAGAUUCCCACGUUUGUUGAAAAUCCGAUCCAAUAUUGCAAAGGAAUUUCAAAUCUGUUGAUGUGAGCCUACUCACAAAAGAUAUUUCAUCAGAGAUUGGCAUGAUGAUGUAAUGUAACUAUACCAUUGGAGCAGCCGCGAUUAAGCAACUUAUUAAUCAAAAUUAUAAAAAAGAUACGAUAAUAUAGAUGUCGACAACUAUAUUUUAAACCACGAUAAAAGCGCACAACGCAAUAUGGUUCUAGAAACAGUCGUGAACGCAAGUGGAUUGCGGUAUUGGAAGGCACAUAGACAAAGUGACACCUAUUCAUCGGACCAUAAUUGGAGAUUUGUCGUAGAUGAGGACGAGGUACUUGUAGCAGAGCUGCCAGAACACAUACAACUUUCAAAUAAAUUAAUCAAUGGUUUAUCAACUGAAACUUUGACAUCGGUGUUUUUCCAAGGUAAUCUUAGCAAAGAUAUGGAUCUGCCAAGAGGUAUGCCUAAUAUAGAACCGGGGACAGCGCAUCCGAUGCCAACCUUCAACAUGGUGAGCAUUAUCAAGACAGUUGUGCUAUCGCUCAUUUUCACCGUAUCGGUAAUUGGAAACAUUUCAACAUUGGCUAAAAUGAUCAAAAUACGGCGAAGAAAAUCCACCAUAAAUACGCUUAUCUUACAUCUGGCGAUUGCUGACCUCAUCGUAACAUUCUUCUGCAUUAUUACUGAUGCCAUUUGGGCGUCAACUGUCGAGUGGUUCGCUGGUAACGUCAUGUGUAAAAUUAUCAAGUUCAUGCAGGUGUUUGGACUCUAUGCCUCGACGUACAUGAUUGUCAUUAUUAGCCUGGAUCGCUGCAUGGCCAUCAUGGAUCCUCUGAGUCGCAACAAGGCCCCAAAGAGGGUACGGAUCAUGAUCCUGGCUGCCUGGUUUCUCAGUGCCUUAUUCAGCCUACCCCAGGCAUUCAUAUUUCGUGUACGACGUGGACCAUGGGAAGAUGACUUCUACCAGUGCGUCACCUUUGGUGCAUACUCAGCCCAGUGGCAGGAACAUCUUUACUCCGGGCUUACUGUCAUGCUGCUAUUUGUGAUGCCAUUGGCCACUGUUAUAACAACAUACACGCUCAUCUUCUACACUAUUGCUCGUCAGGCCAAGGAAACCCAAUAUGAUGCCCAAGAAAUGACGGUGACCAAUUCAUGUUGCUCCAAUAGUAUACUUGAGGGGCUAAGACAUCAGGAACGACUCUCAGACACUGACUCUCAGAAAACAGAUAUGUCCGAUCUUUCAACAAGUGAAAUGCUACGAGGCCCAAUACGGAACCAACUCUUCAAGAAGGCAAAGAUAAAGUCAUUGCGUAUGACCGCAGUUAUCGUCCUGGCCUUCAUAUUGUGCUGGACCCCCUACUAUGUUGUCUUAAUCACUUGGACAUACUUCAAGCCACAACUGCCUCAUUCACCACAUUUCUUCAUUUGGAUAUUCUUCUUUGGGAUGUCCAACAGUAUGAUAAAUCCCCUAAUAUAUGGGGCGUUUCAUUUUUGCUCAAGGAACAACAGUAGGAGGCUUGUAACAGUAAAGACGCUGACUUUCGAUAAAUUGAAACAUACGUCCUCGAAGCGAAAGUCUCAGACUAGUAAAUUACCAAUGUUGGCAUAAUAAGAGA